GCAACAUUUUAAGACACUUGAUAUGCUUUUAAAAACAAUACUCCUUUUUCGGGCUGCAUGAUACUGAAAAAACAGAUUUUUUUUUUUUUAACCUGGCGAUAUACUAUAUAGUGCACUAUAGAAAAUAUACAGUACAUAUAUGUUAAAACCAGCAAACGUUUCUUUUCCCCUCUCUGAUUUAUUGUUUUAACAGUUUAUAAUAGCUUCUGUAAAAAAGACACUUCAGUUGAACACAGGGGCAGUGACGUCGUUCGGCCUAUUUUAAGGGUUCUUCAGCCCCCCUAAAAUGUUCUUAAGCCCCACUAAAUGGUUGGGUCGUCACUGUCAGGUUUCGACCUCCUGAUCAGCGCAAACAUGAACGGUUUGACGAUGCCAAGUUCAGUUGGGUGCUCCGGUACGUCGAGAUCCUCCUCCUCAUAUUCCAACACGUUGCUCGCCAUUGCGUAUAAAGUGUUGCGCGCUGUGUUUGUCAAUUGCAACGUCACUUCUGGUAGCCCUUGUGGUGGAUAGAGUAACCACACCCCCGGUGUCUUGAGCUUCAGGUAUGACUUAAUAGGUGUCAUAAAAACCUCAUUUUUAGCUAAACUAUGGUUGAAAACUUGCUGGAAGUUACGUGCAUGUAUUACAUAACAUAAACAAUGCAAAUAGGAAUUUUAACUGACCUCAUAACAUCUUCGUCAUCUGACCUUUAAAUGUGCUAAGCCUGUGGUGAAAACGGUAAAUAAGUGGACAAAUCAAGCAAAGAUAGAACUUCAAGACUGUUUAGACUGCACAGACUGGUGUGUCUUUGAAACUUCAACGGGCAGCCUGGAUGAAUAUACGGACAGUAUCACAUCCUAUUUCAGUUUCUGUGAAGAUGUGUGUGUACCAACAAAGAAAUUUCGCACAUUCAAAAACAACAAGCCGUUGCCACUGCCAAACUUAAUUAGCGACUUCGCCACGCUAAAGUGUGGCUAUCGAAGUGGGGACAGAACCCUGUACAAUCGCACUAGAAAUCCAUCCAUCCAUCCAUCCAUUUUCUGACCCGCUUUUCCUCACUAGGGUCGCAGGCAUGCUGGAGCCUAUCCCAGCUAUCAUCGGGCAGGAGGCCGGGUACACCCUGAACUGGUUGCCAGCCAAUCGCAGGGCACAUACAAACAAACAACCAUCCGCACACACAUUCACACCUAUGGGCAAUUAAGAGUUGUCAAUUAACCUACCAUGCAUGUUUUUGGGAUGUGGGAGGAAACCGGGGCGGCACGGUGGCCGACUGGUUAGAGCGUCAGCCUCACAGUUCUGAGGACCCGGGUUCAAUCCCCGGCCCCGCCUGUGUGGAGCUUGCAUGUUCUCCCCGUGCCUGCGUGGGUUUUCUCCGGGCACUCCGGUUUCCUCCCACAUCCCAAAAAACAUGCAUUAAUUGGAGACUCUAAAUUGCCCGUAGGCAUGACUGUGAGUGCGAAUGGUUGUUUGUUUCUAUGUGCCCUGCGAUUGGCUGGCAACCAGUUCAGGGUGUACCCCGCCUCCUGCCCAAUGACAGCUGGGAUAGGCUCCAGCACGCCCGCGACCCUAGUGAGGAGAAGCGGCUCAGAAAAUGGAUGGAUGGAUGGAUGGAUGGAGAAAUUAUGCAGAAAGGCUUGAAAAACUGUUUACUGCCACCGACUCUGUCAGUCUGGCAAGGAUUAAAAUCGCUCACCAACUACGAGCGACCAUACCCCCAAGCGUAGGAAAAAAGAGGACUAGCUGACGACUUGAACACCUACUGCAGAUUUGAAAGGGACACUUUCACACCCCACACCCACCCAGCUGUACCACCGACCACCAUCACACCACUGACUUCUGCGUUGACCAUUCAUGAACAGGAUGUCAGAUGCAUCUUUAAACUACAAAAGAUCAACAAAGCGGCGGGCCCACACCUUGUGUCCCCAUCUUGCCUCAGCUCCACUCCAGUCUUCACACAGAUCUUCAAUAGAUCUCUGGAACUGUGCAAAGUACAAUACUGUUCCAAACGCUCCACCAUCACCCAAGUCCCCAAGAAACCUGCAAUCUCGGGUCUGAAUGACUACAGGCCUGUCGCCCUGACAUCUGUAGUCAUGAAGCUUAGCAGGGACGCCCAGACUUCCCGCUCCCCUGCCAUUUCAUGCAGUUCUUCUGGGGGCAUCCUGAGGCACCUCACCGGAAACGACUCCGACUUACUGUCGGAUAUGCGGACCAAAGUCUGACUCCGGUCGUACAGGGACCGAACAGCCCGUAUCAGGGGGUUCGGUAACCCAUACUCCCGAAGCACCCCUCACAGGACUCCCAGAGGGACACAGUCGAACGCCUUCUCCAAGUGUACCAAACACAUGUAGACUGGUUGGGCGAACUCCCAUGCACCCUUGAGGAUCCUGCCGAGGGUGUAGAACUGGUCCACUGUUCCACGGCCAGGGCGAAAACCACACUGCUCCUCCUGAAUCUGAGAUUUUACAUACCGACGGACCCGCCUCUCCAGCACCCCUGAAUAGACCUUACCAGGGAGGCUGAGGAGUGUGAUCCCCCCGUAGUUCGAACACACCCUCCGGUCCCCCUUCUUAAAAAGGGACCACCACCGCAGUCUGACAAUCCAGAGGCACUGUCCCCGAUGUCCACGUGUUAUAGCAGAGGCAUGUCAACCAGGACAGCCCCACAACAUCCAGAGCCUUUAGGAACAACGGGCGAUUCUUAUCCACCCGAGAAGCUUUUUAACCCCAGCGAUAUUAGACCCCAGACUUUGCUUCCUCGAGGGAAGGCGUGUCGGUGGAAUUGAGGAGUAUUCUCCCCACCGACUCACAACGUCCCGAGUCGAGGUCAGCAGCGCCCCAUCCCCACUAUACACAGUGUUGAUUGUGCACUGCUUUCCCCUCCUGAGACGCCGGAUGGUGGACCAGAAUUUCCUCGAAGCCGUCCGGAAGUCUUUCUCCAUGGCCUCACCGAACUCCUCCCAUGCCCGAGUUUUUGCUUCAGCGACCACCAAAGCUGCAUUCCACUUGGCCAGCCAGUACCCAUCAGCUGCCUCAAGAGUCCCACAUGCCAAAAAGGCCUGAUAGGACUCCUUUAGCUUGACGGCAUCCCUCACCGUUGGUGUCCACCAACUGGUUCGGGGAUUGCCGCCUCGACAGGGACCGACCACCUUACGGCCACAGCUCCGGUCGGCCGCCUCAGCAAUGGAGGCACGGAACAUAGUCCACUCGGACUCGAUGUCCUCCACCUCCCCUGGAACAUGAGCAAAGUUCUGUCGUUGGUAGGCGUUGAAACUCCUUCUGACAGUGUAUUCAGACCCUCACAAUACGAUUGGGCCUGCCACGUUGGACCGGCAUCUUCCCCCACCAUCGGAGCCAACUCACCACCAGGUGGUGAUCGGUUGACAGCUGUGCCCCUCUCUUCACCCGAGUGUCCAGGACGUGGCCGCAAGUCCGAUGACAUGACCUUAAAGUUGAUCAUCGAACUGCGACAUCGGGUGUCCUGGUGCCAAGUGCACGUGUGGACACGCUUAUGCUUGAACAUGGUGUUUAUGGACGAGCUGUGAUGAGCACAGAAGUUUAAUAACAGAACACCACUCGGGUUCUGAUCGUGGGGGCCGUUCCCCCCAAUCACGCCCUUCCAGGUCUCACUGUCAUUGCUCACAUGAGCAUUGAAGUCCCCCAGCAGAACGAUGGAGUCCACACCGGGAGCGCUCUCCAGCACCCCCUCCAAGGACUAUGUACUCUGAACUGCUGUAUGGUGCAUAGGCACCUAAAUUUGAAUAUAAACAGCAAAAUGGACGAGCUUCAUCUUCUGAUAAAGACUUCGGCCGUUCCGCCGCCAUGUGCUUUACGGAGACUUGGCUUUGUGACGCUAUACCCGAUGGCGGCGUCAUGCUUCCCGGCUUCCAUCUUCACAGGGCAGACAGCGACAUGGAAUCAUCGGGGAAAACAAAAGGCGGCGGGAUAUGCUUCUAUAACCGUCGAGACCUUCAAGUUCCUGGGAAUUACAGUCUCUCAGGACCUGAAAUGGGCGACCAACAUCAACUCCGUCCUCAAAAAGGCCCAGCAGAGGAUGUACUUCCUGCAGCUUCUGAGAAAGCACGGCCUGCCACAGGAGCUGCUGAGGCAUUUCUACACAGCGGUCAUCGAAUCAGUCCUGUGUUCUUCCAUCACAGUCUGGUUUGGUGCUGCUACAGAAAAGGACAAAGUCCGACUGCAACGGACAAUCAAAACUGCUGAAAGGAUUGUCGGUACCCCCCUACCCACCCUUGAGGACUUGCACGCUGCCAGAACUAAGAGAAGAACAUGCAAAAUCCUAUUGGACCCUAGACCAAGACAAGAGCGUGCAAAAUCCUCUCAGACCCUCCACAUCCCGGUCACCAGCUCUUCCGGCUCCUUCCCUCAGAGCGGCUCCAACUACCGGAGACCAAUUCCUCGUGUGUUUUUUGGACAUCCUUGGCAAAUAAAGAUGAUUCUGACUGUGAUCGCCGCUAUUCGACUAUCGCCGUUUGUCUACGGUGCUACAAACUGUGAGGAGCUUUGCCCCAACAUGAAACCGGCCGUCGUCUCCUUGGUGAAGAAUGCAUCCCGGAGGAGAUAUGAAGAGGGACAAGCUCCGGUGCCAAAAUUAAGUAAAGUGUAGGAAGAGAGAGGACUGAAUUACAGUCAACGAAUUGGGGCACGGCAGCCUCUCAAAAUAUCCACGCUCUCCCCGUUAGCCUUCAUCACUCAAUUUGUGGGUGUGAGUUGCCAACUAUCUUUUUCUUUUUUUUUUUUUCUUUUUUGUGAUG